AAUGCAUGUAAGCCGGAAAUGUGUCACUUCAGUUUUUUGCCAUCUAUCUCAGCAUGCAGAAACUGCAGCGACCUCUAGUAUGCAAUGCAGCAAAUCCUUGUCCGUCAAUUGAUACCUUGAGUCACAGCAGCACGUAUGCGGGACCCGAUAACACCUUUCGGCUGCACCUCAGCAUCGCGUUCAUUCUCCGCAAUAACAACUUUCUGUCACAGAUAUCCACAUCAAAUCAAAACUCAAAUCACUGUCUGCCGUUCAUUCUCAAAAACACUGAAACUGAGCUCUAAUCACAGUCACAGAUAUCCUUUUCCCUCUCUUAUUACUUUCUCUCCUCCCAAACACAAAUUAAGUAAAAAAAAUGUCUUCUCCAAUGUACCGCAUAGGCUACGCUCUUUCCCCCAAGGAUGGGCAACGCUUCAUCCAAAACUCUUUAAUCGAUCAAGCCAAACAACGCGCCAUCGAUCUCAUCGAAAUCGACCCCACCAAACCCUUAGCUCAACAGGGACCGUUCGAUUGCAUCAUCCACAAAAUCUACGGCUCCGAUUGGAACAACCAAGUGCAGCAACUCUCUCUCCAUCACCCAAACGUCGUCGUAAUCGACCCGCCGGAAGCAAUCGACCAUCUCCACAGCCGUGCCUCCAUGCUCGAUGUGGUGACCAGCUUGAAAAUCCCUCAAGGGGACCAAACCCUCGGGGUUCCAAAUCAAAGAGUAUUGGAAGAGUCGGAGAAUCUUGUGGAUUCGAUUGACGAAAUAGGGUUCAAGUUUCCGUUCAUAGCGAAACAGGUGUCGGUCGACGGCAGUGCCAAGUCACACGAGAUGUUCUUGGUGUUCAACGAGAACGGGCUGAAGAAACUGAAACUGAAAAAACCAUUUGUGAUGCAAGAAUUUGUGAACCACGGCGGAGUGAUUUUCAAGGUGUAUGCGGUGGGAGAUCACGUUAAAUGCGUGAAGAGAAAAUCGUUGCCGGAUAUAUCUGAAGGGACACUGAAUAAUAUGGCUCCGGAGGAGGGUUUGUUGUUGUUUAAGCAGAUAUCGAAUUUGUUUGCGAAAAAUGAUUCUUCUUCUGAGGUGGAGGGAUAUAUUUCUGGAGUGGAGAAGCUUGUGGAGGAGGCGGAAAUGCCGCCUUCGGAGUUUGUGACGGCGUUAGCCAAUGGGUUGAGGGAGGCAAUGGGGCUUAGGCUUUUUAACUUUGAUUUGAUCAGGGAUAGUAGAGAUGGGAAUAGGUACUUUGUUAUUGAUAUCAAUUACUUUCCUGGGUUCGCGAAAAUGCCCGAUUAUGAGUCUGUUUUUGUGGACUUUUUUUGUGAUGUUGUGGAAGAGAAGAGGAGGAAUGUGGAAUUGGAGGCGAAGGAGAAUUAAGAGGUGAGAGAUGGCGAGAUUGAAGAGAGCAAAACACUUGUGUGAGUAAUGCUGUGUGUGUGUGUGGGGCUGAAUAAGCAAGGUGACGCGGUUGGGUUAAUCGUUGAUGGUUUACUCAGCUGGAUGGAUCAAGUUCUUGACUCUCCGAGUACCUUUUUGGCUUUCUUUUUUGGCGAAUUUCAUAUAUUGUUUAGGCACCUAUCAGAUAGCCCUAAUUCAAAAGCGCUUAUUCAAGGGAUAUGUUUUGCCAAGUAUGUUUUACCUAUCAAAUUGAAUGUAUGAAUUUUGCUAUUUAUUUCUUGCAUUGGAAUGGAUUAGCCAUUUUGGUGAAUCUCUAAAUAAUUCAAGAAACAAUUUGGCUGCUUUCAUGAUUA